GUAUCGAGUAAUUCGGCGCUGAAAAGGAAGGAGCCUACUUUUGUAGUGGUGCGACCAAAGCAGCGCUAGCGAGGGGGAACCGCGGUAUUCAUUAAAAACAGCGUCUACCGAGUUGCUUUGCUUUCGAGCGUCGUGACAAAGCGCAGAGUUUGGACCAUGGCUGAUAAAGAGGUUUGUUCUGCUGAAGUGUACGAUGAUGCGGUGGAAGAAAGGGUCAUCAAUGAGGAGUACAAGAUUUGGAAGAAAAACACACCUUUCCUGUAUGAUCUGGUGAUGACUCAUGCGCUGGAGUGGCCUAGCCUUACUGUCCAGUGGCUUCCAGAUGUCAACAGGCCAGAGGGGAAGGACUAUGCCAUUCACAGGCUGGUUUUGGGGACCCAUACAUCAGAUGAGCAGAACCACCUUGUGAUCGCCAGCGUCCAGGUACCGAACGAUGACGCCCAGUUUGAUGCCUCGCACUACGACAGUGAGAAAGGAGCAGAGUUUGGUGGAUUUGGUUCCGUAAGCGGGAAGAUAGAGAUAGAGAUCAAGAUCAACCACGAGGGAGAGGUCAACCGAGCCCGCUACAUGCCCCAGAACCACUGCAUCAUUGCCACCAAGACUCCCACCUCAGACGUGCUGGUCUUCGACUACAAUAAGCACCCGGUGAAGCCAGAUCCCAGUGGGGAGUGUAGUCCCGACUUAAGGCUGAAAGGCCACCAGAAAGAAGGGUACGGCCUCUCCUGGAAUCCCAACCUCAGCGGCAACCUACUCAGCGCCUCCGACGACCACACCAUCUGUCUAUGGGACAUCGGGGCCGGCCCAAAGGAAGGGAAGAUUGUGGAUGCCAAGACCAUCUUCACCGGCCACACAGCGGUGGUGGAGGACGUCUCCUGGCAUCUGCUCCACGAAUCCCUGUUUGGCUCAGUGGCCGACGACCAGAAACUCAUGAUAUGGGACACCCGGUCCAACACCACGUCCAAAGCCAGCCACGCAGUAGAAGCUCACACUGCCGAGGUCAACUGUCUGAGCUUCAACCCCUACAGCGAGUUCAUACUCGCCACCGGCUCUGCCGAUAAGACUGUUGCAUUGUGGGAUCUAAGGAACCUCAAACUGAAGCUCCACUCCUUUGAGUCCCACAAAGAUGAAAUUUUCCAGGUCCAAUGGUCUCCUCACAACGAGACCAUCCUGGCCUCCAGCGGCACCGACCGACGCCUCAACGUCUGGGAUCUCAGUAAAAUUGGGGAGGAGCAGUCGGCAGAAGACGCGGAGGAUGGCCCACCAGAGCUGCUGUUCAUCCACGGCGGCCACACGGCCAAGAUCUCUGACUUCUCCUGGAACCCCAACGAGCCCUGGGUCAUCUGCUCCGUGUCCGAGGACAACAUCAUGCAAGUCUGGCAGAUGGCGGAGAACAUCUACAACGACGAGGAGCCAGACAACACCCCUGCAUCCGAGCUCGAGGCUCAGGGUUCAUAACCCGGCUCAGGCACGACUCCACCUCCCCUCCCCCCCCUCCAUUCCCUGACCCGGCCCGUCCUGUCCUUUCCCUCCCUGGCUUAUCAAGUGCAAAAGUAAAAGUCUGCUCUCCACAUGAACAAACAUUAAGAGUUGGAGACCACGUAGACUCCGCCCUCGCUGACUGACGGACGGUUGGAUUCCGGCUCAUCUUGCUUCCACUUCACCGCGGCCCAGGUACCCAACGGCACUGAAGCACUUACAACAGGAUAGGAGUUGAAAUGUCGUACCUGCUCAGGUGGUAGUAUCUCUGGUGUGGGGUGGGGGGGUGGGUUGCUGUGGUGAGGGGCCUUUGAAGACUCUAAAGUACAGAAAACCUUCAUGUGUCACUGUAAGCUAUUGGUAAGACCAGUCACAGGGCUUAUGCAAGGAGAACAUGAGAAGUGUCAUUUUACAUUGACUUCCGAGUAGCCAGAAAGCCACUAGCUGGUAGGCUCUCCUCCAGAAACAAAUGGGAAACCUGGACAGUAGAAGACCUGAUCCACAACAGUCCAGACCGUGAUUGGUUAAAAGCUCACCAUCUCCAGGGGAGCCGUCUUUUAUACUAUUUCCCACCAGUCACCUUUUGUCCCUUAAUAAUUGUACUCAUGUGACACUUCAUGGCUGCCCUUUGCUGUGUUUGCCUCCUGUUCAUAAGGUACAUAAACUCUUCAGUGAAAGGUGUGGGACUAAAUUAGUGCACUUGAGGGAAAAAAAAAAAAUCUGUUUCCUCUUUCUGUUACAUAAUGUGAAAUUGCCUUGUUUUGUUUCCUGCACCACAAAUUGCAAUAAAACUUUUAUAACUUUUCA